AUGAACGUGACCAUCGCUGGCCACGGCCAGCACCUGACCACCCACGAGGCGCUGUCGGGUGUCUUCGGCAGCAUCUCGCUCGCAUCAUGGAUCUUCUUGUUGGUCCCCCAACUCAUCGAAAAUUACCGCCAAUCCUCCGCCGACGGCAUCUCCCUCGCCUUCCUCACCGUCUGGUUCAUCGGCGACGUUACCAACCUCGCCGGCGCCCUCUGGGCCCAGCUCGUCCCCACCGUCAUCGCCCUCGCAGUCUACUUUUGCUUCGCAGACCUGAUCCUCAUCACCCAAUGCGUCUACUACAACGCCAAGAACGCCCGCAAAGCUGCCCGCAAGGCGUCCACCCGGAGCGAAGACAGCGUUGAGCAGCCGCUCCUUGGACGCAGGGAUAGUUCAAAUGUCGGACUGCCAGGGAGCCAUACGAGAAGGAGGAGCAGUGCGGCGAGUGCGAGGGAGAGGAGGAGGAGGGCGAGUAGUUUGCCGAGUUUGGUGGAGGAGGACGAGGAGGCAUCCCAAUCCGCAUGGCUCAAAAACACCCUGAGUAUCUUCGGUGUGUGCGCUGUCGGUGCAGCGGGAUGGGCAAUCGCAUGGCGGACAGGUGUCUGGGUUCCUACACCCGAGAACGAUGGCUCCUCCUCGGACCCGGAGACACCUCUGGGUGCCUCGAUCCUGGGUUACGCCAGCGCGAUAUGCUACCUAGGAGCGCGCAUCCCGCAGAUUGUCAAAAACCAGAAGGACCGCUCGUGUGAGGGACUUUCGCUGCUAUUCUUCAUCCUGUCGCUGUUGGGCAAUGCGACCUACGGCGCGGGCAUUCUGUUCCAUUCCAUCGAGAAGGACUAUUUCCUCACGAAUCUGCCGUGGUUGAUCGGCUCCCUUGGUACGAUUGUCGAAGAUGUCAUCAUCUUCAUCCAAUUCCGUGUAUUUGGCAUCGGCGAGCACUCUUCUGCAGUGGAAGCGUAA